AUGGAAAAUGUUGCAGACGAAUUAGUCAAAGAAAUUGGAAAUUCUGUUUUGAAACAGGAAAUUGAAAAUGUACAAAAACAGAUCGCUGCUCGCUUAGAUAAACAACGGCUUAAAAAUUCUGUAAAUCAAUGGAAAAAAUAUGUAGCCAAGCGAAAAGAGCAGGCAUUCUUGAGAAACUUUCCUGUUGUCGCAGUUCCUCGACUAACUAUUCAACGAGGCUGUUCCAUU